AUGGCUGAUUUCGAGAACAGCAUGAUGGAUGAGUCCUUCGCCGCCUCCGAGGCUGCGGAUGACCAGUCUCACGGCAUGACCGCCAGCGCGACGGUCGGUACAAGGCGGCAAGCGAACGGCACAAUUGGCUCUGUCUACUCAGGCAACAAGAUUCGACACCUGAAGAAAGAGGAUGGCAUACCUCUGUGGCGCAAAGAUAUCCAGUAUCAAUUCCUGAAGCUGGUCUUUGAGGACAAAACACCGGUUUUCACGCGGUAUCCUGACGGACAAAAGGGAAUGGACUUCGCAGAUGUCUACAUCAAUGCAAUGGCCCGGAGCAGCAAGACUAGCAAGAUCCUCAAGGAUAAGCUACAAAAUGACAAGCCUGCUGCUAUCAACAUGGCUAUGGUCUGUCUGCUGGUCAAUUUCGGUCGCAUGAACACAACCCUGAACUUCUUCCCCGAAAUGCGUGCUCAGCUUCGAACCUACCACUCGAUUCCCUCGCUUCAGGCGCACCAGGACUCCAACGCCUAUAAGCAGUUACAGGAUGCUCCACGUCUCAAGUCCAUUCUCAAGGGCGCUUCAGAAGAUGUUGAUCAACCAAAUACGCUGGAAAAGAUUAAGCGACAGACUAUACCUCGGACCAAUCCGGUGAACUUGAUUUUUGUGCUGGCGCAAUACGCCCCCAAAGUGUCGGAAACGCACUUCUUCCCCCCGCGAGACUUUUUUGACCUGGUCAUGAGGUCCACACUUAGCAGUCAGAGUCGCGCCAGGGCGUUCCUCUGGUUGAUGUGGUGGUACCUGGAGAGUGAUUUCAGCCGCGAGGCUGCUCUGAACAAUCCAUUCGGUCCAGGUCUGGAAGGCGAGGGUUCCGAGGGCUUACCUUUGAAAGUGCCUGCCUUCGAUAUCUUGACGGAAGAACAAGCCAGUGAGGAGAAUGUGGACACACCGGAGGAACAGGAAUACGGAGAGUCCAAGAGGCUCGAACGCAAGCGGAUCCUGGAAGAAGAGGAACCACUACCGCGCGUUCCCAAGCGACCCAAGAAAGAAUAUGGUUUCGACGAAGACUCAUUUGCUGGGGACUACUCUGGGAUGGGAGGCCGUGGCUCUGCUAUGUCCACUCCUCUUCACCCUUCCGCUAAACGGAGUUUGGAUGAUGACGAUGAUGAUCUAACUCCUGGGCAUUCACGCCCACGCCCUAAGCAAGCCAAGCGCGAAUCAUCACUUAACCGAGCUGUCGGUCAACAGCGACUCAUCUUAAAAACGAGAAUGGAGCAUACCCCCGAUGCUUCUCCUGCUCCUCCGGGCUCCAACCAUCCGGUCCUAAAUCGCUUUAUCGCUGAGCCGUCACUUUCUUCAGCACCUACCGCGCGUCGGUUACGACCACUUACACAGCACCAGAUCGCCGUUGAGCAAAACCGUCGGCAGCGGAUUGAUUAUUUGCUCGCCAAGCGUAAAUCUAAUGCAUACCGCGUUCUCCGUGCUAAACGGGAGAGUGAAAUUCCUUUCGGGCGUUACGGUCGCUUGCUUCAAGGUUUACCUGAGGGCUACGAUACAGACGAUGAAGACAACUCAUGGGGCAAAGGUGGACUCUUCUCCAACCCAGAUGAAGAGGAUGACUUUGGAGAAUGUGCAAGCAUGUUCCUCUCCGUAGUGCGGAAAGCUGCCCGUCGACUCGAUCGCUGGGAUUACACAGAAGCCAACGGCCCUAAGAAAGAUCGCAAGAGGGAGCGCGAGGAGCGAUACCAGGCCAAAGCAGCACUGGAAGCCGACGUGCGAAAUUCCAACAACCGAUCCCGACCACGCCCUCGCCCUAGUGCCGCCGCCAAGCGGAAGUCUAUGGGUGCCACGGGUACACCUAGCACCGCAAAGAAAGCUGCGGCGCCUCAAGCCAAAGGAAGUCACGGCCCUGAUAGCUUUACAGCGGGAGCCUCGGCUGUCGGCACCCCGAGUUGGGACCCUGAGCACGGACCCGAUGACUACAUGGAGGGAGAGCUGGAUGAUCUCGAUCGCGAGCUCCUUGGCGAGGUUUCCGGCGAAGAUGAUGGAGGCGCGCCUCUCCGAGCCGAUGAGGAAGGGGAUUUCUCCGACGAUCAGGACGAUGAAGAAGACGUGGAUGGUGACGAAAAUUCCUCCACCUACGAGGGUGCCAAUGGUUACGUACGACAUGAAGCCUCAUCCCCUGCUCCUCGGGGCCCAGCUCAUCCACGCGGGCAAGGUUAUGGAGACGACGUGAUGGAAGACUAA